AUGCCGCCGCACCCAGCCGCCAGUUUCCGCCGCCACCAUGGUCGACCGCAGGCCACGGGCGUGCCUCUGCUGGACGAGCUGAUGCGCAUGCGCACCUUGGACGCAGCCGUGGCUCACAGCCUGCAGCUGGCGGGCAUUGCGGUGGCGGCUACGGUGCUGGGCACGCUGCUGCUGGCAGCGGUUGAGCGGGUGGCGGGCAACCGCAUCGCACGCUCGGGCCGAGACUUCAACGCCCCGGUGGCCGCCCUGGCCGCAGCCUUCAAGCCCGCCAAGGUGCUGCUGCCCUACUAUGGGGUCACCUACCUCACGACAUUGGCCAGCGCCUUGGCCCAGGUGGCGGCCACCAAGCUGAAGAAAGAUUUCGUGGGGCUGUGCCGCGGCAGGAACGAGGAGGUGCUGGCUGCGCUGCGGUGGUUUACUCAGCUGGUACAGGACACCAGCGAGCUGCUGAUCAUCAUCUUUGUGGCCUGGGCCGCCAUCGACUUCAAAAACAGGGCCCUCAACUGGCUGGCAGCCUCCAUCCUAAGCGACUCGAGCGCCUCCAACGACGCGGCGGUGACCCUGCUGCGCCCGCUGGGUGGCAUCCUCACUUUCCUCAUCCUGCUGGCCGCCGCGGCUUUCACCCUGGGGGCCUAUGGCCUGAACCUGGGCCCGCUGCUGGCGUCGGUGGGCGGCGUGGGCGUGGUGGUGGGCCUGGCCACCCAGCGCCUCCUCAUGAAUGCCGUGGCCUCUAUCGCGCUGUUCACGGCUCGACCGUUUGUGAUGGGGGACGAGGUUCACCUGAUGGCAGGCGGUAUCCUGGUAGUAAAGCUGCCGCAGGGGAUCGUCUCUCAGAUAGAGCCCAUGCGGACGCUGAUACGCUCAGAGGACGGUGGCCUGGUGUAUGUGAACAACGCAGAUGUCGCCAACUACAUCAUUAAAAACAUGACCCAGGGGCGGUCGCUGGCGGCAGUGGAGUCUGGCCGGGUGGAGCAUGCGCACAAGGAUGGCGAGCCGCCGUCGCCGCUCAUCCUGUGA